UUGAAAUAAGUCUCAAGUCGGAGGGCAGAACUCUUUCAUGUUGUUGUCUCAGUGCAACUAAAGUUGAAAAGAAAAUGGGACAGAAAAAUCUCUGGACGAACUUGGUCCUGUGUUGUUUAUUCAGGACGGUGCACCUAUAUAAUUUGGAUUUGGAAAAUCCUGUCCUGGUUAAAGGACCUAAAGGAACAUUGUUUGGUUAUUCUGUACUAUUACACAGUUAUAAAGGCGAAAAGUGGUUUAUUGUUGGUGCUCCAAAAGCAAAUUCAUCUCGUGAUGGUGGAAUAGUAAGUCCUGGAAUUAUUUACAAGUGCCGAAUUGACCAAAAUCCUGAAGGGAUUUGUGAAGAACUACAUUUAGGUAUUCCCAAGGGAAAAAAAUGUGGGCAAGAUUGUACAGAAGAGAAAGAUGACCAAUGGCUUGGUGUUAGUUUGUCGAGACAGCCAAAGAAAGAUGGUUACAUUUUGGCCUGUGCACAUCGGUGGAAAAAUAUACACUACAUAAAUUCUGACAAACGACCUCUUGGCUUGUGUUUUAAAAUUCCAACUGAUUUGCAGCCUUCUCAAGAUUUACCACUGAUACCAUGCUUUAGAGAAAAUCAAUGGAUGUAUGGUCAUGGUGCGAAUGGAUUAUGUCAGGCUGGAAUUGCCAGUUUUCUGACUGAGGAUUUAAUUGUAAUGGGAGCACCUGGAUCUCAUUACUGGACUGGAACUGUUGCUGUCAAGAAUGUAAAGACUGAUUCUUUGCUUUUUUAUGAGGAUGAUGAAAAUAAAGUUAAAUAUGGAAGCUACCUAGGUUAUGCUGUUAGUGCAGGACACUUUACUCACCCAAACAGCACAGAAAUAGUGGGAGGGGCGCCUCAACAGGAAUUGACUGGUCAGGUUUAUAUUUUUGAACAGCGUGAACAGGCUUUGGAAAUAAUUUUCACAGCAAAGGGUAAAAUGCUUGGUUCAUACUUUGGAUCAUCAGUUUGUGCAGUGGACCUCAAUUCAGAUGGCCUCUCAGACCUGUUGGUGGGAGCGCCCAUGUACAGCACAGUCAGAGAAGAAGGAAGGGUGUAUGUUUAUUUGAAUACAGGAUUGGGAGUGAUGAAGGAGCUUGCAAUGGAGUUAAUUGGAAGAAAUUCUUACGCGGCAAGGUUUGGGGAUGUAAUCAUUGACCUUGGAGACAUUGAUGAUGAUGGACAUGCAGAUGUAGCAAUUGGAGCCCCCCAAGAAGAGGAUCAACAGGGGGCUAUUUAUAUCUACAAUGGCAAAGAGAAAGGGAUAUCGUCCACCUUUUCUCAACGAAUCCAUGGACAACGGAUUAGUAAUACCUUGCAUGCAUUUGGCCAGUCCAUAGCUGGAGGUGUAGAUGUGGAUGAUAAUGGUUAUUCAGAUGUAGCAAUUGGUGCCUUUAUGUCCGACAAUGUUGUGUUGCUCAGGUUCAAGUUUAUCAAGGAAGCAGUUACACUGCAAUGCAUCAGCUUCAGGACGAUAUGCAGACCACCUCAAAUGAGCAGGCCUGUUGUGAUUGUUGAAGCCUUCCUGUGGCUGCCUCCUUCAAUCAACCGUACGAAAAUGGAAUGUUUGAAGAACAGGCAGCCUGUUGUGUGUAUCAACGUUACUGUCUGCUUUGGUUACAAAGGAAAGAAGAUUCCUGGUCACAUAGCAUUGUUCUACAACAUAAGCACUGAUGUCAACAGAAGGGAUGGUUUUCCUUCCAGAUUCAAUUUAAUUUCUGAUGGCAACUUGAAUAGUAGUUCAGGACAGAUUGCACUCUAUCACAAUAUUAUUAAGUGUAACACUCAUCAAGCAUUCAUGAAGGGGGAAGUCAGAGAUGUUAUAACACCAGUCUACUUUGAAGCAUCCUAUUCCCUGGGGAAGCACAUUGUAAUAAAUGAAUCCACAGAUGCUUUCGCUCCACUCCAACCUAUUUUACAAAGAAAAGAAAACCAAGUGAAUGGAGUCAAAAACAAGACGUAUUUUGAACGAUUAUGUGCGUUUGAAGAUUGUGCUGCUAACCUCCAGAUUUCUGGAAAGCUGGCGCUAACAGGGUCCCAUGUAAACAAAUCUUAUCUGGCAGUUCAGGAGGUGAAGAGGAUCAUUCUGAAUGUAUCUCUAUUCAAUGCAGGGGAUGAUGCAUACUCAACUACUCUUACUGUUAAAUUCCCUAAGGACUUAUAUUUCAUCAAAAUGGUCGAAGUGUUGGAGAAGCAUGUAACGUGUAAUAUGAUCAAUGAUGAAAAUUCAACAAGAAUGGAAUGCACCAUUGGACAUUUGUAUAUGGAUUCUUUAUCAAAGGUGGGAUUAAGUUUUUUUUUAGAUACCAGCAAACUUACCAGAGCAGAGGAAGACAUUAUCAUCACUGUUAACGUGACUUGUGAAAAUGAACAGAGUCUGGAUUUGCUUGAAGAUAACUUUGUUACUCUUCACUUGCCCUUAAAAUAUGAGGUUAAUGUUGCAGUCCAGGGGUCGGUAUUUCCUGCUUCAUUUCUGUAUGAGGGAGCCACGGAUGAUGACACAGCGAUGUUUACUUUCUAUGAUUCACCUUGCACAUAUCAGAAUAUUAAUUAUUCAUUCCAAGUCACCAACAUGGGGAACAGCAUAGCCCCUGGCCUUGAACUGCAAAUUACACAGCCCAAUGCACUGAAAACAAAUGGCCUCAAAUUGUUUGAAAUUCUUCAUGUAAAGACCAGUCAUGGAGAAUGUCGAUUUGACAGCUAUCCAGAAAACUGUAAUGAAAUGCAGAAUGUAACAAUUUUUCAACAAACAUUUAACUUUUUCAAUAAGUUUGGAAGAAAAGUAUUGUCCUGUUUCAGACUUGGAAUUCCCGGUUUAAACAUCAGAUGCUGGUUAGGAGACAUUGAAGGUGGAAGAGUUGUAUCCAUCCAUGUUGCUAUGAAACUCAAUUAUGCAUUUCUGGCAUCAGAUAGCGCUUCUUCGACUUAUUUUGUUACAGAAGCUGUGGCAUCAUUUGGGCAGAAUCCAAAUGUUAUUGAAAAUGAACGAGGUACAAGCAUAACUGUUAUCAUGGAAGCAGUUUAUAAUUUUAUACCAAAAGCUAAAGUAGCAAAGUUAAUUAUUGCAAUGAGUUUGAUCUUGGGGAUUUUCAUAUUGACUAUAAGUAUAUUCUUACUUUGCAAGUGUGGAUUCUUCAAAAGAAAAUUGAAAGCCCAAAUUUAUGACGAAAAGGAAAAAUAUAUUCGGCGAGGAGGAUGGAAGUCAAUAAAUCAAGAGGAAAAUGAUGGUUUUUAAAUAGAUGAAAACACUUUCUCACAAUUCAAAACUAAGAUUUGACAUUUACAAGAAAAAUAUAUGAAAUGCAGAUCAAACAGCAUUGGGAUUAUACAAAGAUUGGAAAAUAUAAACUUGCGUACAUUUGAGUAAAAACAUCUGAAAACUAUACAGUAGAUGAUUCUGCAGGAAUUCACCAAGAUUUAUUCUACAUUUGUAGAGUCUAAAUAUGCACGACAUUCUGCGCGCAAGUGUUUAAGUUGUCUCUAUUUGAACAUAUUAAUACAGGUAAUAUGCAAUGUAACUAUUUUAAUCGAACCUUGAGUUUAAAGCAAACAAUCCAAGUUUAUCGAGAAGUGCAUUCUCCCAACUAAACUCCAAUAAAGGAAUGUCAAAUUUUCCACCUAAACAGACUCGAAACAUUAACUGUGUUCCUCUCCGCAGAUGCUGUCAGACUUGCUGAGAUUUUCCCAGGUAUUUUUGUUUUUGUUCUGGAUUUCCAGCAUCUGCAGUUUUUUGCUUUUAUCUUAAUCUUGUAAAUGUUCUCUGAGGGAAUUGUCUGAUGUUUUAGUACGUGGUCUGUCAACUACGUUAUCCAAAAUUAAUAUGUAAGGUGUCAGCUGACCAGUUUUAAAUUGAUGAAUAAACUGAGAGAUGACAUUCUUGAAGAGGAUUUUUCUCAUAUACAGCACAAACUGAGAUUAUUUGUCACAUGAUGCUUAUGCAGUUCCUCCCAUUCUCAUCUUUUACCUAUGCCUUGCAAAUUUUCCUUUCCAAGUACAUAUCCAAUUUUAUUUUGAAAGUUACUAUUGACUGCUUCUACUGCACUUUCGGGAAGCCCAUGUCAUUAUUAUUCACUGCACUUUCAAAAAAUAUCAUUCGCCCGCUUCUUUUGCAUAUUAUCGUAAACCUGUGUCCUAUGGUUACUGACGCUCCUGCCAGUUGCUUCUAAUUUAUUCUAUCCAAACAUCUAUUCCAAUAGUAAACGGUGAGGAAUACAGUGAAAUACUUCAAGAAGAUAUUGGCAGUCUUGUGGAAUGGACAGAUAAAUGGUGGUUGACAUGCAAUACAGUAAAGUGUGAAAUGAUUAUUUUGGCGGGGAGAAAAAGGAACAAUAGAAUGCUACAUGGUCCAACUUUAAAGGGGCAGGGAGGGGUGUUUGUACACAAAUCUUUGAAGGGUUGCCUGAGUUGGGAGUGCGCUCAUUCACGCAUAUGCGUAAAAGAGCGCAGAAAUCUCCCAUGGAGCUGCCUCAGGGAGGUUAAUUUGAGUGUGAAAAAUUGGAAAAAAAGAUUUAAAAAAAAUAUUCGGACAUGUCCCCUCAUGUGAAACUGUCAUAUGAGCUGGGACAUGUACAUUAAUUUCAAUUAAAAAAAAAUUCAAAAUUUAAAAUCAUUCGUGAAACCUCAUCCUGCCCCUGCUCGCUGAGCUGAAGAUUCAGCCCUAUGUGUUCUCUUGUUUUUGCAUCAGUAUGUACUGUGACUCCUAACUGAUUAGGAGCAAUGCUGUAAAUUAGAACUGCUUUUAUACUGCUAUUACUUGUACUUGUAUGUAAAUAUUGCAGCAAUCAUAAUUCUUUUAUAAAAUGAUGGUCGUUACUCUGACCACAUGGUUUUGAUACCACUGUUUACUAAUUAAAGCAGUUCAUUUUAAUUUAGUGAAUCUACUUUUCACUUCUAAUUUAUCCCACCGUAAAACUAAAGUAAAAUACAUCAUUUUUUGGAUUUAUUCUCAAGUACAAUUAAAACUAAUAAACAGUUUUAAUAUCCAUACAGUUUAAUUCAAAAUACUCAUAUUUAAGGAUUAAAUAUGUGUUGGGAUGUUGUAACAAAUAUCCGUUCAAUAUUAUUUUAUUGGUAAGGGACAACUACAUCUUAUUGUACUAAAUAUAUGCAUUUCUGUAAAAACAAAUGCUAUUACUUGUACUUGUAUGUAAAUAUUGUUGCAAUCAUAAUUCUUUUAUAAAAUAAUGGUCGUUACUCUGACCACAUGUUUUUGA